CACGCUUUACUCAGGAAUAGAUAGAAAAGAUGCCACAAUCAAACUGCUUUGGGUUUUAAAGUUAAAUCAAGUCUGUGCCACUAUUUAUUAAAUAGAAGCAAUUGUGUAUAAACCUGGGAAAGCAGACGCCUUAUUUAGGAGUUACCUAUCAAGGAAUCGCCAGGAAGUAUAGAUGUGUAAAAACAAUUGCUUCGUUUGUAUGCAGACUUAUUUAAUCAAGAUAUAACUCAGCGCUUACAUUCGUUUAUAAAUUCCAGAGCGCUUUCAAUGCAUGGAAACUGUUUUAGUCAGAUACAGUAUCAUUAUGCUGUUACUGUUUUGUAUUGUUAUCAAUAUGUACAAAUCUACAGAUAGUGUUGCAAAAAUGCUUACAUUGCUGACCAGCAGAGGCGCUCAGCUCCCGUUCUCAGAGUGGCUCUGCAUGCUGUACACGAAAUUUGAACUGAGAUGGACAAAAAAACUGUCAAGGAUCACAUCAUAAAUGCUUUGGAUGACCUACGCCAGUCCGAAUUGAAGGCAUUUAGACACAAACUAUGCGACACGGAUUUUGAAGAAGGGGUGAGCAUUGCAAAGGGGAAAGUGGAAGGCGCGGAUAGUUUAGACUUGGCAGAUAUAAUCGUCAGGACCUUUUCGGAAGCUAACUCUGUCAAAGUGACUGUCAGAGUUUUGCGUGCCAUUGGAGAAAACCAGAUAGCCAACAUUCUAGAAAGGAAGGAAGGACAAGCAGGCAAAAUGUCCGGAGCUAUUGAGAGAACCGCUACGAACGCCGAUGGAAGGCUUGACUUAACGGUGAAUGGGGUUCAUUUUGUAGACAGGCACCGAGAAGCGCUGAUCAAAAGGACCCCUAUCGUCGCACCCAUUCUGGAUGCCCUGCUCACAGAAAAGAUGAUACAUCAAGAAUUAUACACGGAAAUCAUAACCGCGACCAUCACGCCUCAGAGUAAAAUGAGAAAGCUGUUCCUCGCUACCACAGCCUGGGGCACCAAACAAAAAGAUUAUUUCUACAAAAUACUGGAAAGAGAGCAGCCCUUCCUGAUUGAAGAGCUGCAGACGAUCUAAUUUGAUAACUCACUUUUUUUCAGAUUGCUUGUAUCCCUCUUUUCUCCUCGCUCUUUCCCUGUUCCCUAGAAUCAUACAUGCAUUUUUCCACAGUGUUGUCUCUACGAUGUCAAGUAUCGUCUGAAAGCUGAUCUGGUUUUAUGACAAUGACUGCAGCACUAAGUACACCUUCAUAAUUCCAUGCAUGGAGAAUUCACAGUGGAAUCGGUUGUGUUGAACAGAAUUUAAUAGACAGAACGCCUUUUUAUAUAUAGCACAAAACAGCUGCAAAAUACUUCCCAUCUGGACUCCACAUUGCACUUGCAUUUCCUUUGUCAUUUUCACAUCAGCAAUGUUCUUCUGCGUCAAAGCACGUUACUGGCUGAAAGCAUGUCACUCAGUUAGGGGAAGCAGCUGGUUGGUUAAUGCAGGAAAGAAGCUGUUCAAGGGGCGGGGAUAAUGGGUGGUGAGAGCGUGUUUUGGCCCCUUCACACCAGGGAUGCUAGAAAUCUGUUUGCUGUGGGAAGAUUUUCAAUCUUGCCAGAUACUGCUUGUUAAGCCUGACAUAUUACUGUUUGCAUUCCAUUUUUGCUAUUCUGUCAUUGGAUCAAUGUGUUCACUUUGAAAUCUAUAUGUACUGUAAAACAGAAUCCAAUUGUGAUGAAUCAAUUAAAAACUAUAUAAAAAGACCAAGGAGAUUAUAGCCGUGCAAUUCUAGCGUAUUGUAAUCAUAGUAUUUAGCAUAUUACAGCGUGGAUACUUUAAGAAACACUUUAAGAGAUAUUCAUAUUUAUCCUACUGUUGUAGGUUAUUUUACAUCCUUAAAGAAAAUAAAACUUAAUUGAACUGUCA